AUUGUCACCGCACCGAAUUUCUUCUUUUCUAUUUGGGUGUCAUAAAAUAUCACCGGCCUGUUCGAUCCUUUUCUUGAAAGGAAAAAGCAAGUUAAAAAAGAUGCAUCUUUCACGCAUAAUAACAGUCAGUCUUUUGGUUGUCCUUGUCCCCUGUUUAUCACUAGAAACAAUUCAUGAUCAUCAAUGUUUAGAAAACAACUUGGUCGCUUAUGAUGAUGAUCAAGAUUCAUCAGAAGAAAUAUUUGUAAAUAAGCUGGCAGUAAUUAAUGAUGCGGAGACGGCAGAUUGGAUAAAGAAGAUCAGGAGGGAGAUACAUGAAUAUCCAGAACUUGCUUUCCAAGAAGUACGGACCAGUUCUAUUAUUCGCCGAGAACUUGACAAGAUGAGUAUCGGGUACCGAUGGCCGGUGGCCCACACGGGUGUGGUGGCCAUGCUUGGCUCUGGUUUGCCACCCUUUGUUGCUCUUCGAGCAGAUAUGGAUGCUCUACCCAUUCAGGAACUUGUUGAAUGGGAGCACAAAAGCAAGAUAGAUGGCAAAAUGCAUGCUUGCGGACAUGAUGCUCAUGUAGCAAUGCUUCUUGGUGCUGCUAAAAUCUUAAAACAACUGGAAAAUGAAUUACAGGGAACAGUGGUGUUAAUAUUUCAACCAGCCGAAGAACAAGGGGAAGGAGCAAAAGCCAUGAUCAAAGAAGGUGUUCUUGAGAAUGUGGAGGCCAUCUUUGGUCUACAUUUGGUCGUCAGCUCCGAUUCUGGUGUUGUUGCAUCCAGGCCGGGCGAAUUUCUAGCAGGAUGUGGGUGUUUCAAGGCAGUGAUACAUGGCAAAGGAGGUCAUGCCGCUAUCCCUCAAGAUUCUGUUGAUCCCAUCUUGGCUGUUUCGGCUUCUGUUAUUAGCUUACAACAUAUUAUUUCUCGAGAGGCUGAUCCCUUAGAUGCUUCUGUGAUUUCGGUAGCAAUGGUAGAAGGCGGAAACGAGCUUAAUGUAAUUCCUGACUCGGUUUCUAUUGCUGGCACUUAUAGAGCCUUUAGCAAAAAGAGUUUCUAUGCACUUGGAGAAAGAAUACAGGAGGUGAUACAAGGACAAGCGUCGGUAUAUCGGUGCUCAUCAGUGGUUGAUUUUGAAGGAAUGGAACAUCCAACGGUCCCCCCAACCAUCAAUGAUGAGAGGAUAUAUGAGCAUGUGUUAAAAGUGGCGAGCAUGAUUGUUGGAAAACAAAAGGUAGAAAGGACCCCUCCUUUCAUGGGGAGUGAAGACUUCGCAUUCUACUUGGAAAAGGUACCGGGGACAAUGGCUUUUCUUGGAAUGAGAAAUGAAAAGGCAGGAAUCAUCCAUUCACCACACAGUCCUUACUAUGAGGUUGAUGAAGACGUGCUUUCUACUGGAUCUGCAUGCCAUGCUGCCUUCGCCUACACAUACCUCCUCCUAAAUGCUACUCAUCGUACAUCAUCAUCAUCAUAAAUCAUCAAUCGUUAAUUAUUGUAUGUGUGCCGUGUAUAUACAUACUUGCACGUUGAAUAUAUAUAUUAACUUGAUAUAUAUAGCAUAUAUAUGAUCGAUUUACAAUCUUA